AUGCCCCUCCAAAGGGCCGGGAAGAAGGAAUCUCAGGAUGAAAUUGCUUUGGAGAGCUAAAAUGAGCUCAAUUCAGGAUUGGGGUGAAGAGGUAGAGGAAGGCGCAGUUUACCAUGUCACCCUCAAAAGAGUGCAGAUUCAACAGGCUGCUAAUAAAGGAGCAAGAUGGCUAGGGGUUGAAGGGGACCAACUGCCCCCAGGGCAUACAGUCAGCCAAUAUGAGACAUGCAAGAUCAGGACAAUAAAAGCUGGCACUCUGGAGAAGCUUGUGGAGAACCUUCUAACGGCCUUUGGGGACAAUGACUUCACCUACAUCAGUAUAUUUCUGUCCACAUACAGGGGCUUUGCAUCUACAAAAGAAGUUCUGGAACUUCUCCUUGACCGAUAUGGAAACCUGGAGAUCUCAAACUGUGAAGAAGAUGGGAGCCAGAACUCUGCCGAGACCAAAACACUACUCAGGAAUGCCAUAGCCUCCAUCUUAAGAGCCUGGUUAGACCAGUGCUCUGAAGACUUCCAAGAGCCACCCCAUUACUUUUGUUUGAGAAAACUUUUGGAUUAUCUGACUCGGGUCAUGCCUGGCUCGGACCCAGAAAGAAGGGCACGGCACCUGUUGGAGCAGUUUCAGAAGCAAGAGUUGGUGAAAAACAAUGGGAUUCAUGAUGCCUUUGCCCUUGAAGAAAAAAUGGAGAUGAGUGGAUCAGUAGAGUUCUCUUCUUUCCCAGAAGACCUUGUGGCAGAGCAGCUAACCUACAUGGAUGCUAAACUGUUUAAAAGAGUGGUGCCCCAUCACUGCUUGGGCUGCAUCUGGUCUCAGAGGGAUAAGAAAGAGAACAAGCACUUGGCCCCCACCAUCAGAGCCACCAUUGCCCAGUUCAAUUCGGUGACCAAAUGUGUUGUCAGGACCAUCUUGAAUGGAAAAGAGUUGAAAACGCAACAGCGAGCCAAGAUCAUAGAGAAAUGGAUCAAUAUUGCACAUGAAUGUAGGAUCCUGAAGAAUUUUUCCUCCUUGAGGGCCAUUGUGUCAGCACUACAAUCCAAUUCCAUCUAUCGGUUAAAGAAGAGUUGGGCUUGUGUCGCAAAGGACAGGAUGUUGAUGUUUGAGGAGCUGUCAGAAAUUUUCUCGGAUCACGACAACUAUUUGACAAGCCGGGAAUUGCUAAUGCGGGAAGGAACGUCUAAAUUUGCAAAUUUGGACAGCAGCGUGAAAGAGAACCAGAAGAGGACUCAGAGGAGACUUCAACUGCAGAAAGAUAUGGGUGUAAUGCAAGGCACUGUUCCUUACCUUGGUACUUUUCUGACUGACCUGACAAUGCUUGACACAGCCCUCCAGGACUACGUGGAGGGAGGGCUAAUAAAUUUUGAAAAGAGAAGGCGGGAGUUUGAAGUAAUUGCUCAGAUUAAACUUUUACAAUCUUCCUGCAAUAGUUAUUGCAUGACUUCAGACAGAAAAUUCAUUCAGUGGUUCAAGAAACAGCGGCAUUUAACAGAGGAAGAAAGCUAUGCCCUCUCCUGUGAGGUGGAGGCGGCUGUUGACACAACGACCACAUCACCAAAACCUCGGAAGAGCAUGGUGAAGCGGCUUAGCCUGUUAUUUCUGGGAUCUGACCUAAUUGCCAGCAGCACCCCGACCAAAGAGCAGCCCAAGUCCACGCCAAGCGGGAGCUCCGGUGAAAGCAUGGAUUCCGUCAGCGUAUCGUCUUGUGAGUCCAACCAUUCAGAGACUGAGGACAUCUGCAUCUCUCCCACAGACACUCCUGACGAGCCCCAGAAGAAACUCUCUGAAUCCUCCUCCUCUUGUUCCUCUAUCCACUCGAUGGACACGUCUUCAUCAGGGUUGUCAUCCUUCACCAAUGCCCUCUCGUCUCCUCCUUUGCUGGUCAGCAACCCCAGAAUGCACAAACGCUCCAUCUCAGUCACCUCCAUUACCUCAACAGUCUCGCCUCCCGUUUACAACCAGCAGAACGAAGACACCUGCAUCAUUCGCAUCAGUGUAGAAGACAACAAUGGCAAUAUGUACAAGAGCAUUGUGUUGACUAGCCAAGACAAGACUCCAGCCGUCAUCCAGAGAGCAAAGCUGAAACACAAUCUGGAGUCUGAUCCUGCAGAGGAUUAUGAACUGGUGCAGGUCAUCUCUGAGGACAAAGAAUUAGUCAUCCCGGACAGCGCGAAUGUCUUUUACGCCAUGAACAGCCAGGUGAACUUUGACUUCAUCCUGCGGAAGAAAAACUCCCUCGACAGGGAAGUGAAACUGAGGAGCCGCUCCAGCUUGACUCUCCCUAGGACCAAUAAGAAGGGCUGCUGGAGCCACAGAAACAGCAAAAUCACACUUUGAGGAUGGAUAAGUCAACGCAAGGCAGAUGGGGUUUCAAAGCAACCAUUGCUGCCAUCCAUUAUUGCAACAGUCUUCACAAAUGAUUGUGUCAGUAUUCAGCUUUGGGAAUACAAAGCUAACACUUGUUAUGAACAGGCAUGCCUUGAUACACAAUGGACCUGAAUGGAAAACAGCCUACAGGCAUUCCCUGACCACCACCCCCUUUUUUUUGCACAGCCUCCAAGAAUAGAUGGCCACUUUCUACCAGGAAUGAAAAGUACAGUACACCUAAACUUCACAAUCCUCUUCAAUUACUCUCAAGCCUCUGUUAUGCCAGUAUUAAUUGGGAAUACUUUCUUUUCCUUCUUUCUUUUUUAA